CUUCCCCUGCCAUUCCACUCACACUCGCUAAUCUGACUCGCAUGGAAGACUGGCUGAAAGAAUCUGGGGCGGCAGGCCUGGAUAGCCUGGAGCUUGUCGAUUUCCCUGUCACCGGGCGCGGUGCUAGAGCGCUGCGGCGUUUCAAGCAAGGGGAAAGGGUCCUCACCAUUCCAGGCGAUAACCUCUGGACGGUCGAACAUGCAUACGCCGAUUGCCUUCUUGGGCCGGUCCUUCGCUCUACACAGCCAUCUUUAUCAGUUGAAGACACCUUGGCCAUCUAUCUUCUCUUUGUGCGAUCGCGCGAAUCUGGGUACGAUGGUCUGCGAAGCCAUGUGGCGGCAUUGCCCGCGAGGUACUCGUCAAGCAUCUUCUUUGCGGAGGAUGAGUUAGAAGUUUGCGCCGGAACCUCACUCUAUACCAUCACAAAGCAGCUGAAGCAAAGGAUCGAGGAUGAUUACAGGGUAUUAGUUAUGCGAGUGCUUGCACUUCAUCCAGAUCUUUUCCCGCUUGACAAAUUCACUAUCGAAGACUACAAGUGGGCGCUCUGCACCGUCUGGAGUCGUGCGAUGGAUUUCGUACUGCCAACUGGGAAAUCGCUUCGAGUAUUGGCGCCCUUUGCUGAUAUGCUAAACCACUCGUCUGAGGUCAAGCAGUGUCAUGCCUACGAUCCCUUAUCUGGGAGCGUCUCUGUCCUUGCGGCGAAGGAUUACGAAGUCGGAGACCAGAUUUUUAUAUUCUACGGGUCUAUUCCAAAUAAUCGCCUUUUACGUCUCUACGGCUUUGUCAUACCCGAUAACCCUGACGACUGUUACGAUCUCGUUCUUUCGACGCACCCUCUGGCGCCUUUUUAUGAAAAAAAGCAGAAGCUCUGGGAAUCAGCCGGACUUGACUCAACCUCUACCAUCUCCCUCACUCUCUCCGAUCCCCUGCCAAAAAUUGUCCUUCGAUACCUCCGUAUUCAGCGAUUGGAUGAAUCAGAUCUUGCUGCUAUUGCGAAUCAGAAACUUGAUACAAAUGAGAUAAUCAGCAAUUCAAGGGAAGUGGAAGUCUUGCAGUUUUUAGUAGAAUCCAUCAACUGUCUUCUCGACAGCUUCGGGACUCAAUUGGAAAAGCUGCAAGAGCAACUCGCGGAUGGCGUUUAUCCCCCAGGAGGGAACGCAUGGGCGGCGGCGCAAGUUAGCAUGGGUGAACAGCGAGUGUUGAGACUGGCGAGAAAGGCAGCCGAGGAUUUGCUAGCGGCAGUGGAGAGCGGGAGUGGGGAUGAGAGCAGUUUAGCAUCGCCUCCUGCUAAAUGCGCAAACUGCGGAAAGCAUUCUGUGCCGUUGAUGCUGUGCGGGAGGUGUAAAGGGGUUAUGUAUUGCGGGAGGGCGUGCCAAGUUGCUCAUUUCAAAAAGCACAAGGCAGCAUGUCGAGCUAUAGCUGCCAAGAGUAGCUCGGAGAUGAGAUGAAUAGAAGAGCUUGAAAGUGUGAUGCUAACCCUAUGUCUCUGAAAUAUGUUUGUAAAUGCAACUGCUAAUGAAAUG